AUGAAGUUCUCCCUCCCAAUACUGUCUCUGAGUGUUGCAACCUUUGUCAAAGCGAGCCCUAUUACUGUAGGAGACCGAGCCGUCUAUGGCGUCGAAGCGUGGAGCGGAGACCAUGAACUUCUAGCGAGGGCGAGUCUCACCUCCAACGAAUUCACCGAUGGGGGUUGUGAGGAUGUCGUCUUGAUAUUUGCUCGUGGAACAGCUCAGCUAGGCAAUCUGGGUGCAACUCCUGGGCUCCAACUGUACAACCAGAUCAAGUCUGCCCUGGGCGACUCCAAUGUUGCCGUCCAAGGCGUCAACUACGACGCGGUGGCACACGGUACUCUGCCUAAUGGCGUAGACGCGACCGCAGCGGCGAACAUGGCAUCUCUGAUCAGAUCGGUGUACAACACCUGCCCCAACGCCAAGAUCCUGGUGUCGGGCUAUAGUCAAGGGGCUGCAAUGGUCCACGCCAGUAUCAAGCAGUUAUCAACAGCGGUGAAGGCACGGAUCGCAGCUGCAGUCACCUUUGGCGACACGCGCAACGAGCAGGACGGCGGACAAAUUCCGGGGUUCGCAACUGACAAGACCCUUAUUAUUUGCAAUGAUGGUGAUCUGGUCUGUGACGGCACACUGGAAAUCAGGGCACCGCAUCUACAAUACGGACCUCGAGUACCAGAAGCAGUUUCAUUUAUGGUGUCGAAGGUGUGA